UGGAAUACUGGAGCUUGACAAUUGCCACAACCACAAUAAACAAAUACUACUAGUUAUACCAAAAACAGAGGAGAGAGACAGAGACAGAGACAGUCAGAGAAGGCGCCCUUUGAGUGUGUGAGAAACCAGAGAGUGAAGAUUGUAGAACAAGCGAAAAAUAUGAAAUAAAAGCAGAGUAGUAGUUGUUAAUUUGUUAUAGUGCUUUGCAGUUGGGUCUUCCAUCUCUCUCUCACUCUGUGUGUGUUAGGAGUUGAAAUCCACAACCCUACCUACUGACCAAACAAUAACAAGAUCAAAUUCCUAACAGAAUCAGCAUUUGGUACAUAAUAUACGUGGCCACCUGUCUAUCUAUCUUUUUGUUUCUUGGGUAUCUGUUUUUUGUUUAAUCUGGUCUUGUUCGAAGGGCAACAUAUUUCAUAUGGAAGCUUCUGAGAAUUGUUCUGUCAAGGUUGCGGUUCAUAUACGCCCUCUUAUCGCUGAUGAACGCCUUCACGGUUGUAAAGAAUGCGUUACUGUUACACCCGGGAAGCCUCAGGCACAAAUUGGCACUCAUUCCUUUACAUUUGAUCAUGUCUAUGGAAGCGGUGGAUCUCCUUCAUCUUCCAUGUUUGAAGAAUGUGUUGCUCCACUUGUUGAUGGUUUAUUCCAAGGAUAUAAUGCUACUGUGCUAGCCUAUGGUCAGACAGGAUCUGGGAAAACAUAUACCAUGGGGACUAGCUUCAAGGAUGGUUGCCACACAGGACUGAUUCCUCAAGUUAUGAAUGCACUGUUCAACAAGAUUGAAAUAUUGAAGCAUCAUACAGAAUUCCAGUUGCAUGUUUCUUUCAUUGAGAUUCUGAAGGAAGAAGUAAGGGACUUGCUGGAUUCCGUAUCUAUUAGUAAAUUGGAGACUUCUAAUGGGCAUUCUGGAAGAGUUUCUGUUGCUGGGAGGCAGCCAAUUCAAAUUCGUGAAACGUCAAAUGGAGUUAUAACACUAGCAGGAUCAACCGAAGUCGCUGUUAGUACAUUACAAGAAAUGGCUGCUUGCCUGGAGCAAGGAUCUUUAAGCAGGGCAACUGGGAGUACAAAUAUGAACAACCAGUCCAGUCGGUCACAUGCCAUCUUCACAAUCACAUUAGAGCAGAUGCACAAACUCCAUUCAGUUUUUCCUGGCAAUGACACCUCAGAUGAGGAAAUGGGUGAAGAGUAUUUUUGUGCAAAGCUCCAUCUGGUAGAUCUUGCUGGAUCUGAACGAGCUAAAAGAACAGGUUCUGAUGGUAUGCGUUUUAAAGAAGGUAUACACAUUAAUAAGGGGCUUCUUGCACUUGGUAACGUCAUUAGUGCACUGGGGGAUGAGAAAAAGCGGAAAGAGGGUGUGCAUGUACCUUACCGAGACAGUAAACUAACUCGACUGUUGCAGGAUUCACUUGGUGGAAACAGCAAAACUGUCAUGAUAGCUUGCGUCAGUCCUGCUGAUAUCAAUGCUGAGGAAAGUCUUAACACUCUCAAAUAUGCAAAUCGUGCCCGCAAUAUUCAAAAUAGGCCUGUUGUUAAUAGAGAUUUGAUAUCCAAUGAGAUGCAAAAGAUGAGGCAGCAGCUAAAGUACUUACAGGCAGAGCUUUGUGCACGUGGGGGAGGAGCGCCAUCAGAUGAAGUGCAGGUUCUUAAGGAUCGGAUUGCUUGGCUUGAGGCUGCCAAUAGGGACCUUUCUCAAGAACUUCAUGAAUACCACAACAGAUGUGGUGUCACACUGCAGGAUGAAAUAGAUGCUGAAGAAGGCCACAUCCAAAGUGAUGGACUUAAGAGGGGCUUUCUGGGCAUGGAAUCAUCUGAUUAUCAGAUAGUUGAAGCCAUAUCAGGUGAAAAACCCAGGGAAUUUGAUGCAGUAAAUAAAGAGUGGGAGCAUGCACUUCUACAAGAUACUAUGGACAAAACAUUGAACGAGUUGAACAAACGUUUGGUGCAGAAAGAGUCUGAGAUGAAACUUCUUGGGGGAAUUGACACUGAAGCACUCAAACAGCACUUUGGGAAGAAAAUCAUGGAAAUUGAGGAGGAGAAAAGAAUUGUGCAGCAAGAAAGGGAUCGUUUAUUGGCAGAAGUUGAGAAUCUUGCUGCUAAUUCUGAUGGACACACGCAGAGAAUGCAAGAAAUUGAAGCUCAGAAAUUAAAAGCACUUGAAGCACAGAUUUUAGAUCUUAAGAAGAAACAGGAAAGCCAGGUCCAACUUUUGAAGCAAAAACAGAAAAGUGAUGAAGCAGCAAAUCGCUUGCAAGCUGAAAUACAGUAUAUCAAGGCACAGAAGGUCCAGUUGCAGCAAAAGAUAAAACAAGUUGCAGAACAAUUUCGACAAUGGAAGGCCUCUCGCGAGAAGGAAUUGCUUCAGCUAAAGAAGGAGGGAAGGAGAAAUGAAUAUGAACGACAUAAACUUGAAGCUCUGAAUCAGCGCCAGAAAAUGGUUCUUCAAAGAAAGACAGAAGAGGCUGCUAUGGCUACCAGAAGGCUGAAAGAAUUGUUGGAAGCCCGUAAGCCUGCUGCACGUGACCUCCUGGUGACAUACAAUGGACAUACACUGACUGGGCAGGGCAAUGAAAAAUAUUUGCAAAGGUGGCUUGAUCAUGAGCUGGAAGUCAUGGUGAAUAUGCAUGAAGUUCGUUUUGAAUACGAAAAGCAAAGCCAAGUACAAGCUGCACUGGCAGAAGAAUUGGAUGUAAUGAAACAAGUGGAUCGAUUUUCUUCUAAUGGGCAGAGUCCCCCUAGAGGGAAGAAUGGAUAUUCCAGACUGCCAUCCAUGUCACCAAAUGCAAGAAUGGCAAGGAUAGCUUCACUGGAGCACAUGCUGAGCAUGUCUUCAAAUGCACUCACGGCAAUGGCUUCACAGCUUUCAGAGGCAGAAGAAAGGGAGCAUGCCUCAGUUGGUCGUGGACGUUGGAACCACUUACGCUCAAUGGGAGAUGCUAAGAACUUGCUUCAGUACAUGUUUAAUGCUGCUGCAGAAGCAAGGUGCCAGUUGUGGGAAAAGAACGUGGAGAUUAAGGAAAUGAAAGAGCAACUGAAGGAGCUUGUAUCUUUGCUACAACAAAGUGAAGCACAGAGAAAAGAACUCAUAAAAGAGCAAAACGUGAGGGAACAAACUCCUGCAAUUGGCUUGGCUUCAUCAGCUUCGGGCAAUUCACGUGCUUCGAUAAAACACUUUGCGGAUGAUAUGACUGGCCCCUUGUCUCCAAUGUCGCUUCCAGCACCAAAGCAACUGAAAUUUUCACCUGGAAUUGUUAAUGGAUCAGUUAGGGAGUCAGGAACAUAUCUAGACCAGACGCGAAAGAUGGUGCCUAUUGGACAAUUGUCAAUGAAGAAACUAGCAGCUGUAGGAGGACAAGCGGGGAAACUCUGGAGGUGGAAGAGAAGUCAUCAUCAGUGGCUAAUACAGUUCAAAUGGAAGUGGCAAAAGCCUUGGAGACUCUCAGAAUGGAUCAAGCACAGUGAUGAGACAAUCAUAAGGUCAAGGCCUCGCCCACAAGCUCUGGUUGAUAUGAUAUGAUAUGAUAACCUCAAAUUCAUCAGCUUUCUUUUUGGUAUACAUACGUUGACUUCCAUAUACGAUCCAAGACAUGGUUUGGUGAGCAAAUCAAUAGGCAUCUCAUAAAUUGGCUAGAGGAGAUUGGCAUUUUUCCAUGGUCUUUUGGAUGAGAUAUUGAUGGGAUUUUGGGGUAUCUUUGGUUGUUCUCUGGGUUUGAUUGGUGAAGAUUACAACAGAAGCACUUCUCAGGCUACAGGAUCACGAAAGUCAUAGGAAAAGGCAGAUGAGUGAGUGAAAGCAUUGCGUAAGCUGGAAGAUAUGUUUUCUGAUGCUAAUGUGUUUCCUUGUUUCUUGUACAUCGUGCAUGUUUUUUUUGUGAAGAAAACAAUCGAGAUUAGAUUGAAUAUUAGUGAAAGUAGACUCCAAGCCUUUUCAAGGCUUGGACUUGACUUCAACUAACUCUCAAUCUAAUAUGAAUUUACAGGCGAUACCAGGAAUUGUUCUCUGCCGAGUCAAAAGUCAGUGUGUACGUGUAAAUGAUUGUUAUGUACAUAUUAUCAUUUUCGUCUAGUUUGGAAAAUAUGUUAGCCGUGAUAAUUGUCUUCA